AUGCUAAUGAAACAUCCCAAGUUGCAGAGCAUAUUACUUCCAAAAUUGGGAAUGAACAAGGCGUGUAAAUUUAUAACCAAAGGACUAAGGGGUGGUAGUCGCAUAAAUAAGAACAGUGAUAAUAAUGUAGUGGAUAUAAGGAAAAGAAAGAUAAAUGAGAAAUUAGAAGAAGUAAAAGUGUCAAAUGAGACAUCCUGUAAUGCACUAUUUGAUGAAUGUUUUGAGGAGUUAUAUAGGAUGAAAAAAGAAGUAGAUAAAGAUAGUGUAGAAUAUGACAAUUCACCAGUUAUAGAAGAAUUAAAUAGAGAAGAAAUAAGAAUAACAAAAAAUAUAUUUGAAAGAAUAAAUAAAAAAAAAAAACAUGUAUCAAAUUUAAGUUAUAAAGAUAUUUAUAUAGAUCCAUAUUGGAAUCCAUUUAAAGAAGUAAAUGAUUUAAGAAGAGAAAUUACUUAUGAGUUUAACGAAUACUCAAAACUAGCAAGUAUAGUUGAGAUAAAAAAACAAAGAAGAGCAAUUAAAAAGUCAUUAAAAGAACAAUAUAAACUACAUAACAUAUAUUCUGAUGAAUAUAUCAAGUAUUUUAAUAUACAUAAAGAAGAAAAUAUUACAUGUAAUGAUAAAAAUGAAAAGUACUGGAAUCCCUCAUUUAGUAAAAGAAAACUAUUGAAUAUUAAGAGUCCAUUUAUAUGGAGGCAUACACAUCUACUACAUAAUUUUAUUAGUGAAAAUGGUUUAAUAUUACCACGUAAAAUUAAUAUGACAACAAGAAAACAACAAAUUCAAAUUUUUAAAUCGAUAUGUAUAGCUAGAAGAAUGGCUCUAUAUCCAUAUGAUAGAAAACCUGAUAAAGAUGAUUUAAUUCCUUUAAUUGAUCCUAUGCAAUUACUUGUUGAUGAAUUAUUACACAGGUACAUGCAGUUUAACGAUUUAAGAGCUCAGGCAAUUCUUAAAGUUAUGAUUAAUAAAUACCCCUCCUUGAACUAUUACAAGUACUUCUCCUAUGAGUCCAAAAAAAAUGCAGACCGAUCAAACCAGACAGUAGCCCACGCCCCAGACAGUGCUUCCGAUACAUCUCCCACUAAUGACGUAAGCGAUUUUACCAUCGAUUCGGACAAAACGUUUUCCAAAAUGUUAUUGAGAUAUAAAAAAAAUUAUUACGAAAACUCCUUCAGCUACUGA